AUGGACAUUAUUAUGACGUUGGUGUCAUCUGUUCAGGUGACAACAUCUUUUGAUAUGGAACAAAUUGCAUAUCUGAUCAGACAGUUAAACUGUGGGUCGGCACUCCAAGCUCCUCAAUCAGCUUACUUUGGUCCAGGAACUGGACCGAUUUGGCUUGGCGGUGUGACCUGUUCAGGAAAUGAAAGUUCUCUAACUGAAUGUCAACACUCUGGAUGGGGAAACUCCUACUACUACUACUACAACAACUACUACUACUCCUACUCUAACAAUGGACAUUAUUCCGACGCUGGUGUCAUCUGUUCAGGUCCAAUCAGAUUAACUGGAUCUGGAUCAACUCGAUGCUCUGGCAGAGUUGAAGUUUAUCACAAUAACAGCUGGGGAACAAUCUGUGAUGAUGGCUGGGACUUAAAUGAUGCUGAGGUGGUUUGCAGACUGUUAAACUGUGGGUCGGCACUGGAAGUUCCUCCAUCAGCGCACUUUGGUGCAGGAACUGGACAGAUUUGGCUUGACAAUGUCACCUGUUCAGGAAAUGAAAGUUCUCUAACUGAGUGUCAACACAGUGGAUUUGGAUCAAACACAUGUGAACAUGGUCAGGAUGCUGCUGUCAUCUGUUCAGAUCUCAUCAGAUUAGUUGGAUCUGGAUCAUCUCGAUGCUCUGGCAGAGUUGAAAUCUUUCACAAUAACGUCUGGGGAACAGUGUCUGAUAAUAACUGGAACUUAAAUGAUGCUGAGGUGGUUUGCAGACAGUUAAACUGUGGGUCGGCACUAGAAGCUACUCAAUCAUCUAAAUUUGGCGCAGGAACUGGACAGGUCUGGCUCACUGGUGUGACCUGUUCAGGAAAUGAAAGUUCUCUAAGUGAAUGUCAGCACACUGGAUGGGGAAACUACUACAACUACUACAACUACUACAACAACUACUACUACUACUACAACUACUAUGGACAUUAUUAUGACGUUGGUGUCAUCUGUUCAGGUGACAUCAGAUUAGUUGGAUCUGGAUCUACUCAAUGUUCUGGCAGAGUUGAAGUUUAUCACAGUAACAGCUGGGGAACAGUCUGCGAUGAUGGCUGGGACUUAAGUGAUGCUGAGGUGGUUUGCAGACAGUUAAACUGUGGGUCAGCACUGGAAGUUCCUCCAUCAGCGCACUUUGGUGCAGGAACUGGACAGAUUUGGCUUGAUCAUGUGACCUGUUCAGGAAAUGAAAGUUCUCUAGCUGAGUGUCAACACAGUGGAUUUGGCUCAAACACAUGUGAACAUGGUCAGGAUGCUGCUGUCAUCUGUUCAGAUCUGAUCAGGUUAGCUGGAGCUGGAUCAUCUCGAUGCUCUGGAAGAGUUGAAAUCUUUCACAAUAACAUCUAG